CAGUAAUUUGACACACAGGUCGCUCCUGCACAGCCACGCCUAUUUAAAUAAUUAACAGGCAAUGACAGCAGGGUUUACAGUCUGACGCUGGAUCGUAUUAAAGUUUAGGGUCACUGUUGUGUGAGCAAAGAGUCGUUAACAUCCUGAUUGAACCCACCUUCCAACUUAAUAAAAAAACUGGGCGAAGCUGCGUCUGCCAUAUGUCUAAACUACCAGGAAAUGCGGGUGUGUCAGUGCUCGGGGACAAGUCGCUGGAGUUUUACCGGGACCCGGUGAGCUUCUGCCGGCAGAGGAUCGAGAAACAUCGAAGCAGGGUGUUUCAGUGCCGCCUGCUGAACAGACCAACCGCCUUCAUCUGCAACGUGCAGGGAGCAAGAGAGCUGCUGUGUGAGAAGUCUAAUUUGUUUCUGAAGGAUCCAACUGACCUGAUGACCAACAUUUAUGGGGACACCGUUGUCACCACUAACGGUGAGGAGGCAUGUCUCCUCCGUCUGUCUCUCAGCAGCCUGUUCACAGGAAGUUGUCUGGAAUCAUCAAGUGAUUAUAUCACCAGUGUAUGUGAGCGCUGUCUAAAGGACCUCUCUCUCAGUGGCCAGCCAGAGUGUGUAUACUCUGCCUUUAAGCGUCUGGGGACAGAAUUGGUAUUGGGCAUUUUUCUGAACGUAAGAGCAGAGGAGCAGCCUGAACUUUACCAGGACAUUGUGCAGCUCUGUACACGGCACUGGCAUGGUCUGAUCUCUGCUCCGGUGAACGUGAAGGUUCCUCUGUGGUCUUCAGGUUUCUCUACCGCUCUGGACGCCAGAGACAAACUGGUGGACAUCAUCAAAGACAAACUGGAGAAUGACACACAGGGUUUUGUCGGCUCACUUGGUUCCUUGCCGCUUCCCGACUCCAGCUCUGCCUCCCAGCAUCUCCUGCUGUUCAUCUCAGCUCUGAUCCCCAAAGCCCUGGCGUCGCUGCUCACCUCCUUCACACUGGCACUUGGUGGAAACGGACAGAUGCGCCGGCAAGCGAUGGAAGACCCUGAUUACCUGCACAGAGUCCUGCUGGAGGUGCAGAGACUUUGGCCUCCUUUCAUUGGUGGACGCAGAAUAGCUAAUCAGGACUCCACUCUCGCAGGGUUUAAUGUCCCAAAGGAUUAUGGCGUGAUCUAUAUCAGCCACUCUGUACACCGUGACCCAGAGGUGUUCCAGCAGCCGGACCGCUUCCUCCCGGAAAGAUGGAGCGGAAGGAAUGCAGGCCAGGAGCACUUCCUAUGUUCCUUCGGCAGCGGGCCCAGAAGCUGUAUUGGAGUUAAACUUACCGAUGUCUUCCUUAAGGAAGCAUGCAUGUACCUGUUAAAGCACUACGACUGGUGUUUGGACCCUCCAUCGCAGGACCUCGGGUACAAAUGGCUGCCUGUGUCUCGCCCUGCCAACCCCCCCACCAUCUCCUUCACCCUACUAGAUCAGACCAGAUGUGACAGGAGCCACACCAGCUAGGGAUGCACAGUAUGUUUAGUAAUGUACGUGCCGGAAUUGGAGAAAAAACAACAACAUACAAGUGCUAAAAUCUGUAUUUAGAGGCCCCAAAGGCCUGUCUGGAAUGCACAAAAAAUUAAAUGAGAAAAAUAUGUGAACACACACAGAGGGAAGCCAGCAAACUGUGAGGCUUUCCCCUGCUGCGUAUAAUACAGUAAUCAUCCUGGGGAAAGCCGAGGAGUGUGAUGGUUUCAUUCUGUGUUCCUCAGCCAGAUAUUCUGUAGCUUUGCUUGAUGAAUCUGCAACGGAAGGCAAAAUAAAUUACUCAUAAUUAUUCUUCCAUUGUUGAAUUUGACACUAGACUAGACAGACAUUUUUUGACAGUUUUUUAAUGAGUCAUCUAUCUGCAGUUUAAAAAGAUUCACCAUGAAACUGUCUGGAUCACCGAGCCUGUUUUAUACAUCAGACAUUGCUUCCUUUGUUCCUCCGUUGUGAACAGAUAUUGAAAAUACCUCCAAAACUGCAGCUUUGAUAUAGGUAGAAAUUGCAUUUUAUUUUCCCACACUGCAGUAUCAAUAUUUAAACCAAAUGAAUCCAAGGGAACACACACACACACACACACACACACACACACACACACACACACACACACACACACAGAGAGAGGUAAGCCCUCAGAUACCAUCACUAACUGCAAACCUGUCUACCCUCCCCCUUCCAAUACCUAGCAACCACCACUGCUUAGCAACAGUUCGUCAUACCGACACUGUCUUACUUCCUUUUAGUAUGCAAGACACACACACACACACACACACACACACACACUAACGUGGUUAUUUUUGAAAGCAGUUGGCAGUGAUGCGCACACAAUCUGAAUCUCAUGUAAAUGAAGCCUGAAGGCGUUUCAGAGCACACGCCUACAUUUUAAAUAACCGUAACACCUGAAUCAAAAACCAAACUAGGCUCAUUCUGUGUCUGUUACAUUGAUAAAAAUUUGUCGUAACUUCUUAUUUGUAAAUAUUCAAGUGUCGCUAUGUAUUAUAUUAUAAAAUGUUUAUGGUUGCAA